CAAUUACCCAGGACGAUGCUGCUUUGAUCUGAUCCUGACCUCAAAGCACGAGAAUGAGGUUGUCGUCCGUGGUGAGCGCGGUCGCAGGACUGUGUAUUGCGGUCACAAGCGCUACUUCAAAUCUCACCACACCACAAUCCACGCAGAAGGUCUUGACAGGAGACUUCAGGCCUCCCCAAGUAUUCGAGAACACGAACCUCGUCCGGACAAUCAACCUCGAGAAGGGCUACGUUCGAGAAACCACGAACAUUUUGAUCACCAACACAGACAAGGCACCGCAGUCGGACUAUUACGUACCCUUCGAAUAUGACUUGAUCGGGAGGAUCGGAGGGUUUGACGCCCGGGACAAGAAGCAUGCUGAGAAGGGCGCUUUGGAAGUCACAAUUGCUGCCCUAGCAGAAGUGCUUGACGCACAAGGACUUUCCUCAAAACCUACACAAUACUACAUCAUCCAUCUCGAUGAGCCCGUCCCUCCCAAAGGAACCGUCACCCUAUCCAUAUCCUACCACAUCCUCGGUGUCCUCAAGCCUCUGCCUGCAUCCAUCCGACAAGAAGAAAAGCAAUACCUCACGUACGACUUCUCCGCGUACGUCCCCACAGUGUACAAGACGGCCAAACAAAAGACGAAAGUCAAAUUUCCUUCAUCGGACGUGCCCGAAUACACCACCACCAAGGGUCUAGUUUCGAAUACCGACCCAGAAAAACAAGGCUCACAGUUCUCCUACGGACCUUACGACACGGCUAAGAUCCCUCCUGGAACAGUCUACCCGGUGACCGUGCGCUACGAGUUCAACAAACCCCUCCUCGUCUGCAGCUUGCUGGAACGAGAUGUGGAAGUCUCCCACUGGGGCGGUAAUCUUGCAGCCGAAGAGCGCUACUGGCUCCGUCACGACGGUGCCACGCUGUCCAACCACUUCUCCCGUGUCGCAUGGAGCACACAGAGCUUCUACGUCAACGCCGGACAAAUGACUACUUCCGCACUGAGAGAGCUCAAGGUGCCCCUGAAGCCAGGCAGCGUCGACCCCUAUUUCACCGAUGAUAUCGGCAACGUGUCGACAUCACGCUUCAGACCGAACAACGUCCGUGAGGCGAGUCUGGAACUUAAGCCGCGAUAUCCGUUGUUCGGUGGGUGGAAGUACAGUUUCAGAAUUGGUUGGAACAACGCGCUGUCAUCCUUCCUGCGGAAGCUGAAGACUCCGGCGGACACGUACAUCUUGUCUGUACCAUUGCUCGAAGGACCGAAGAUGCCCGAGGGUAUUCAGUACGAACAUUUCGUCCUGCGUGUUAUUCUACCAGAAGGUGCGACCCAUGUGCAGUACCAGACUCACGGCGGCACGGGCGUGCCGAAUCUACAUGCCGAGUAUAGUCUGCAUAAGACGUUCAUGGAUACGGUGGGCCGUACAGAGCUGAAGCUCUCGGGGAACAACCUCGUAGACGAGGCGAGAGAUAUAACGCUCCUGGUGACGUAUGAGUACACUCUACUCUCGGCGCUGAGGAAGCCGUUCAUGAUCUUCGCUGGGUUUGUGGUCGUGUAUGUGGUUGCGUAUUUGGUGGGCAGCGUUGAUACGAGCAUCGGGAAGAGGAGGCGGUGAUCUGAGCCAGAGAUCACUCGGCGUCCAAUCCUGGGCUGAGUGUUUUGUAGAUUAAGCUGAAUCAUGGCUAUGGGUAAAAUGUUAUAGAAAUUCGACUGGGUCAAAAGCUCUGAAUAUUGCCAAUGUUCACUAUGCUAAGGUAUGCAGCAGAAAGCAUGGAAGCAUCACCCAAACAGUCUGCUGUUGCGAGAUGAACAAAGA